GGAGGGUGCUGGGGGUGGCGCCGUGGUGCUGGGGGCGGCCGGGGUGGGGGGGGGACGGUGGCGAGGGCUCUGUGAGCCCGGGAACCCGAACUCUGCGCCCCGAGCAAGAUGAGCGAGGCGGAUCAGGCCCGUGUGGGGCCCACGGCUGAAGAGCCCUCGCCGUCCCCCGAGGAGGAGGGCGAAGGGGGCGGGAAGGAGCCGACGACCGAAGCGGCCCCCGGGCCCAGCGCCGCGUUCCGCCUCAUGGUGACUCGGCGGGAGCCGGCCGUGAAGCUGCAGUACGCGGUGAGCGGCUUGGAGCCACUUGCCUGGUCGGAGGACCACCGCGUGUCGGUGUCCACGGCCCGCAGCAUCGCCGUGCUGGAGCUUAUCUGCGACGUGCACAACCCGGGCCAGGACCUGGUGAUCCACCGCACCUCGGUGCCUGCACCCCUCAACAGCUGCCUCCUCAAAGUUGGUUCAAAAACAGAAGUUGCUGAGUGCAAGGAGAAGUUUGCUUCCUCUAAAGACCCCACCAUCAGCCAGACUUUCAUGUUGGACAGGAUGUUCAACCCCGAGGGGAAGGCGUUACCCCCAAUGCGGGGCUUCAAAUACACAAGUUGGUCUCCCAUGGGUUGUGAUGCAAAUGGCAGGUGCCUCUUGGCAGCACUGACCAUGGACAAUCGCCUGACUGUGCAGGUGAACCUCAACAGACUCCAGUGGGUUCAGUUAGUUGAUUUGACUGAGAUUUAUGGAGAACGUCUUUAUGAAACCAGUUAUAGACUCUCUAAAAAUGAGGGUCCAGGGGGAAAUCUUGGGGAUUUUGCUGAGUUUCAAAGAAGACACAGCAUGCAGACCCCAGUCAGAAUGGAAUGGUCAGGAAUCUGUACCACUCAGCAAGUCAAGCACAAUAAUGAGUGCCGGGAUGUGGGCAGUGUGCUCCUGGCUGUCCUCUUUGAGAACGGGAAUAUAGCUGUGUGGCAGUUUCAGCUGCCAUUCGUGGGAAAAGAGUCCAUCUCUUCAUGCAACACCAUUGAGUCAGGAAUCAGCUCCCCAAGUGUUUUGUUUUGGUGGGAAUAUGAGCACAAUAAUCGGAAAAUGAGUGGCCUUAUUGUAGGCAGUGCUUUUGGACCGGUGAAAAUUCUCCCCGUCAAUCUCAAAGCAGUCAAAGGCUACUUCACUUUAAGGCAGCCUGUUGUCUUGUGGAAAGAAAUGGACCAAUUGCCUGUGCAUAGCAUCAAAUGUGUGCCACUUUAUCAUCCUUACCAGAAGUGUAGCUGUAGCUUAGUGGUAGCAGCAAGAGGCUCCUAUGUGUUCUGGUGUCUUCUUCUGAUCUCAAAGGCUGGUCUGAAUGUUCACAACUCCCAUGUCACAGGCCUUCACUCACUGCCUAUCGUCUCCAUGACUGCAGAUAAGCAGAAUGGAACAGUGUACACCUGUUCUAGUGAUGGGAAGGUGAGGCAGUUGAUUCCUAUUUUCACAGAUGUUGCAUUGAAGUUUGAACACCAGCUGAUUAAACUCUCGGAUGUAUUUGGCUCAGUGAGGACUCAUGGCAUUGCAGUGAGCCCCUGCGGUGCUUAUCUGGCCAUCAUCACCACUGAGGGCAUGAUCAAUGGCCUCCAUCCUGUGAACAAGAACUACCAGGUCCAGUUUGUUACUCUCAAGACCUUUGAAGAAGCAGCUGCUCAGCUCUUGGAAUCUUCAGUUCAAAAUCUCUUUAAGCAGGUGGACUUAAUUGACCUAGUCCGCUGGAAAAUUUUAAAAGAUAAACAUAUUCCUCAAUUUUUACAUGAAGCUUUGGAAAAAAAGAUUGAAAGCAGUGGGGUCACCUAUUUUUGGCGGUUUAAGCUUUUCCUCCUAAGGAUUUUGUAUCAGUCAAUGCAGAAAUCCCCUUCAGAGGCCUUAUGGAAGCCCACCCACGAGGACUCAAAAAUCUUACUGGUUGAUUCACCUGGGAUGGGCGAUGGUGAGGAUGAACAGCAGGAAGAAGGCACUUCCAAGCAGGGGACCAAGGCUGGCCUGCAGGAGAGGAGCAAAGAGGGUGACACAGAGGAGCCCCCCGAAGACUCACUCGCUGCCGUGGGAGACACCGGCAUAGAGGAAAAGCUCCUUGAGAUCCAAGGGAAGAUUGAGGCUGUGGAGAUGCACCUGACGAGGGAGCAUAUGAAGCGGGUCCUCGGAGAAGUGUACCUGCAUACCUGGAUCACGGAGAACACCAGCAUACCCACCAGGGGACUCUGUAACUUUUUGAUGUCUGAUGAGGAGUAUGAUGACAGAACAGCACGGGUAGUGUGGGAGUUUCCCUCAGCACCUGCUGCUUUUUGGUGCAGUUGGGCCCACGGAGCAUCCUCUGACUUGACUCUGUCUUUCAGGUGCUUUCUAACCUACCAGUCCUGCCAGAGCUUGAUAUACCGACGAUGUUUGCUUCAUGACAGCAUUGCCCGGCACCCUACUCCAGAAGAUCCUGACUGGAUUAAGAGGUUGCUACAGAGCCCUUGCCCUUUCUGUGAUUCUCCUGUCUUCUGAGUGUUCGUGAGGAGGAUAGAGGAACAUGAACGUGGGUGUAGAAAGUGCCCUGGAGCCUGAGGAGCAGGUGUGCUGGAGGACCUGGUGCGGGGCAGUGGAGAGACACUCUUCUGACUGGAAGCAGGGAGGGCUUCCUUGAGCUCAUUUCAGCACAAACACUAUCUUCAGGAACUGAAGUCAUCUUUUAAAUGACUACAUGUAGAGAGUUUGAGUCAUUUUGAGGUGAACAUUAGCCACCCUCAGCUCCUCACCCAAUGAGGACAACUUACUUUUCAAGUGUCUUGCCUAAAGCAGUUGAGCAGAAGCCUUCUGCUCCUUGAGACAUAAUGGGCUCUACCAGAGAAUCUGAGGAACUCGCUGUGACUUAGAUUUUGCUUUGGUCUGGAACUGCCUGUGGCUCCAAAGGACUCAAAUUGUUGGUACGUGAUACUCCCUGUGCCAGUACAUCUUAAAGUGUCUAAAGCUGUGUGUGGCUGGUGUUUGCUCAGCAGACUCAUUUGCCCAUUGACUUGUUUCCAUACACAUGGAAUACAUUUUCCUAAAACUAUAUUUUUGAAGCCAAGAAAUAAAAUCAAUCUUGAUGUAUCAAACGAUCAGGUGACUAUUAGAAGUUAAUAAUUGUCAUUUAUUUUUAUCUCCUGUGUCAUCAGAUUUCCUGACCCAGCUCCUUAGUAUGACAGAAGAGAUUGAGUACCCCUUUCCUAAUCACAGCCCCACAUUAUCCCCAACUGUGUAACCUAGAUAUUGGUAUUUUCUUCUUUUAGUAUUAAAUUGCAGCUUCAGUAUUUUUAACAUUGACUGAGUCAGACGUCUUACUGAGUAUCUGGGGAGAAAGGUGGCCUACGGAUUUCUGGAGAGAGGUGACAACAUGGAGUUGGAGGUCCUGGAGCUCUGCUGCAAGCACAUGCAGCUUAAGUGGACAAACCUAGGAAUUUCUCUCCUGCCAAAGGGCCUUAAUAUUUUAAAUACAGGUAUUUUUCUGUGGGCGUACAGAGGAGACACGCACACUUGUUUGACUGCUAGUUCUUCACCAGACCUGAAUGCAUUCUGGAACCAUAGUCUUUGGUUUUUUAAAGUAUGUUUCCUGGGAUUGGUGCUAAUGAACUGGAUUUAGUACCCACAUUCUGAAAUUUUACAUGUUUUUGGAAAGUAGGGUGGAAAGUAUACAACAUGAAAUGCUUUGCUCCUUCAUGAUCCUUUCUUGCUUUGAUUUUAACAUACUUCCCGCUUUGAUUUUAUAUCCGUAGUGAAAGACGUUCUGUCCUCACUUCAGAAAUACUGUCUUGGUACUUGGGUACCACAGUGAGAGAUGAGACCACAUGCCAUCCUGCCAUACUUCCCGCCUCAAAAAAAUAGCUCUACACUGGGGACAGACCUUAAGACCAGCAUUUAUCCAGACUAGAGGGGCAGCAAAGAAAGAGCCCUGACUGACCCAAUUCAGACUAUACAUGGCUGCAGCACAGCCUACAACUGUCACUCUUCAUGGAAACAUGGCAGGAGUGGAGAUAUUGAUAAUUGUCUCCACUCUGUCAACCACGCAUGCCGAGUUUUCUUUCUCUUGCUCUUUGGGAUCAAACUCCCUAGGUGUUUUCACAGGGGAAUUUGGUUAUUAACCAUUUAAAACUGGGAGUGAUACCAGGGUCUUGUAGUUGCCUCUUCCAGCUUGAACUUGCCUGUGCUACGAGGUGGAGUUGUAGCUGUUUUAGCGUGGGAGGAUGAGUAGCCAUAGAAUUGCUGCCCUGCAUUUAAAAAGCUGAAUUAACUGAUUGUUUAAAGCAGUUGCUCGGUUUUGAGAAAUUUUAACAAUUAGGAGUAAUGAAAUUUCUAAGGUCUGUGCUUGUGUCCAGGAAAAUGUCAACUGGAGCACAAGCUCAGUAAGGGACUUAGCCCAGCAGCAUCCUUACCACAGCCAAGUAUCUCCACAGCUAGUAGGGAUGCUUCCCUCCCCUCCAGUGCCCUCCCAACUCCCACCACACACCGAUGUUAAUCUUCAGAGCAGGGUGAACAAGAGAAUUUGGGAUUGAUGGCAGCCUCCUACAUAAAGCACUUCUGAAUUCUUCUCUAAGGGUUAGUAUAUAGGACCCUGGAGGGUUGAUGGAGGGGCCUUGGGAGACUGGGAGUGACACCAGAGUCUGGUAGUUGCCUCUUCCAGCUUGAACUUGCCUUGCUCUGUGGUGUUGAGGGAGCUUUCAGUGGCAGCCAUGGUAGCUGUUUGAGCGUGGGAGGAAUACUAGCCAUUGAUUGCUGCCAUGCAUUUACAAGGCUGAAGCCGGCUCUACAGAGACCACACAAGCUGCAACACUGCUAUGUAUCAGGUCUUCUCUGCCUGGGCUUAUUUGUUUCUGUCAUUGUAAGUAUGAAAUGGGUAGCUUGUUCUAGUUGGUGUUCAUGCUGAAGUCCUGAUAUGUUCACCCCUUGAAACUGUCUUUACCUACUACUAGAUCUGCCAGAAGCUGUCGUGAGCACCUUCGAAGUCUGUGGUCAGAUGUAGCACAUUCCUGCUUGUCCCUCUAGGCUCUAGCAGGUUUUUAAGAACAUCUAUAUAGAAGGCUAGACCUAGCAACAAGCUUAGCAAGUUAAUUGGAUUGGGAAAGUUUUGUUUCUGUUGGUUUGGUUUUGGUUUUGAGACAGGGUCUCACUAUGCAAUAGGCCUGGCUGUCCUGGAAUUUCCUUUGUAGACUAGGCUGGCCUUGAACUCAAACAUAUGCCUGCCUUUGCCUCUUAUAUUAGGAAAGUUUAAUCAUUUGCUUGGCUAUAUUAGUAUCAGAUACGGUGCAGAUGGUAAAACACAGCCCUGGUCUGGGAGCCCUGGAUGCUUUUUAGGGCCAGAAAAAUGUAUAGUGAUAAAAUCUCUAAAGGCUAAGCCAUGUUGUAAUUCUUCCUGGAAGAAACAAUGGGGAAUCUCGUGAUCAAAGAGCUGACUUUGGGCUCUUUGCUACCAUAGUGUUGCUAUCUAUUCUGAGCUGAACGGAGUGCACUCCAAGUCACCCCCAACAGUCAAUCAGAGACUGAAAGCUCUUUGACUUUAGACUUCAGGAGUCACAGGCAGGUUUUGGCAGCCACUCAUGGUAUGUCCUGGUAGAGGGCAGCCUUGCCUUCCCCUUGGGUUGUCUGGCUUUAGUUACUGUGGAGCAUCAGUGCCCCACACACGCUUUACACUGUGCCUCACGCUCUCUCUUACUAGACCCUCAACUGCUCUCUCUUGAAGCUGACGAGUUCUUGAAGUUAAAUCUGCUUUGUGUCUGCCAGUCAAAAAUGGAACUACACUCAAGGUAGCCUUGCUUCUAGCUGCCUACAGACAUAGCAUCUCUGCCUGAGUAGCAGGCAGAAGGCACUGUUCAUGGGUUUUAUUCCUCAAAGUCAUGUUUAUGUUGAGGGAAGAGACGCUGAUGCAGUCAUGAGUUUAGUUAAAGCCAGAUGUUCAUCAGCAAGGCCUAACUAUUCCUUCAUGGUCAUUGAGCUGAGUAGAGAAGGAGGAGGAUACAUCCCAAUCACUCUGUAGGCUCUCAAGCAAAUAUGGGGUUCUGGGUUAAGCAGAUCACACCUCUGGAUCUCCUGUUUGUUUUUAAGGUUAAGAGUUCCUUAUCUCAAGGCUGAGGGUGUGGCUCGGUAGGUGGCCUCAAGUUCCAUCCUCAGCACUGGGGAAGAGGAAGGGCUGUUUACAUCACUGUCAUGAAGUUCUCUUGUUUUCAUAAAGUUGAUUGGGUGAGUCAGCAUGAUGGCACACAUCUAUGUUCUAAACGCUCAGGAAGCUGAGGCAGGAGGAUCAAGUUGAAGAUCAGCCAGAGCUGUAUGAAAAGAACCUGCCUCAGAAAAUGCAACACUGGCCAAAUUGUGCAGCAGAAGAGGUGGUGGUGAGGGUGACAUUUCCAGCCCAGGUCUACAUUUGGCUGGCGGGAUAGGUGAGUGCCCAUGUUCUCACUGCCUCUCUGUAUGGUACUAAUAUAAAACCAAGUGUCCGUGAACUGUUUCCCAAGCCUUCAUUUCACAUUUGUAUUGAUAUGACAUGCGUGUGAGCAUCACACUUGUUCAAAAAGAUGUCUGUUGUGCUUAAUGGUUGUACCCUCUUUUUACCCGAUGCUUGUGCUAAAGUUUGUGCUUGGCUUUGGAUUGUAUGUUUACACCUGACUGUUUUUAAUAAAGAGAAAAUUUUACGGUUA